UGUGCAUAUUUACAUCGUCCGACAACAUCCGGCUCUGGAAGACGGCAAAAUGGCCACAGACACCAUGACCAUCAUCUUCACAAGAGUCCACGACAAGCUCGAAGACAUCUUCAGCCCCUCCAGCCAUCACCUCGCCGCUGUGGUCCCCUCAAAGGGCUCCACACUCCAGAUUGCGCACCGCCCCACACCCACGCCGGGUCCCGUCGAGUUGCUCAUCGAGGUCAAAUCCAUCGCUCUCAACCCCGUCGAUCACUACAUGCGGGACAGCGGGUACGCCAUCACCUCGUACCCCGCGGUCCUCGGGUCCGACAUUGCCGGCACGGUCCUGGCCGCGGGGUCGCUCGUCCCGCCCACGGCCUUCAAGCCCGGCACGCGCAUCGCCGCCUUCGCACAAUGCUUCUUCGUGCACGGCGAGCCGGCGUACGGCGCGUUCCAGCAGCGCGUGUUGGUGCCCGCCGUGAACGCGGUGCCGCUGCCGGAGAGCAUGAGCUUCAACGGGGCGGCGGUACUGCCGAUGGCGGUGACGACGGCGUGGGCGGGCUUCGGCUUCGCGCUUGGCGUGCCGAGGGAUGUCGCAUGGCGGGCGGAGCAGGGCGAGGGCGUGCUCAUUUGGGGCGGCGCGAGCAGUGUGGGGAGUGCGGCGGUGCAGGUCGCGCGGCUUUUGGGGUUCAAGGUCUAUGUGACUGCGAGUGAGCGACAUCAUGCAUACAUGAAGUGCUUGGGCGCGAGCAGGGCGUUUGAGUAUAAAGAUGAGGAUGUGGUGGAGAGGAUUGUAAGAGCUGUGAAAGAGGAUGGCGUUUCAAUGAGGCUGGGAUUUGAUGCUGUGGGGCAUCAGAUGCAGUCGUCAAUUGAGGUUUUGAAGAGGCUGAAUGGCGGGCGAACGGCGAAGUUGGCAUCGGCGGCACGGAUCCCGGCUGGUUUAGAGGAGAUGGAGGGUGUGAAGGUUACGUUUGUGAGGUCGCCGGAGGAAGAGAUGGCCAGGAUGGAUUUCUUUCAUUUCGUUUUCAACGUGUGGUUGAGACAGAAGUUGGAGAAGGGGCAGUUUAUCCCGAGCCCAAAGAUUCAGAUCGUUGGAAAGGGGUUGGGGUCGGUGCAGGAGGGGUUGGAUGUGUUGAAGAAAGGCGUGAGUGGGGUGAAGCUUGUGGUUGAGACGUAAAGGUGGUAUUUACAAGCGGGAAUUUAAGCAUGUCUGACGUUUUGUAGGGAAUUUUACGCUAAAAUGAGAGCACG